AUGGGUUCAACUGACUGUGUAGGAGCUCUUCAUGCUUGGAAUCCGGUGAAUGCCUCUUCGUUCGCCUUUUUAAAUUCAUCAUCGCCCUCACCCUCUCCGCAAAGCCCCGGCUCGUUCAAUGAGAUCUUCAUAACAUCUCUACUUGGGACAGUACUAGCCGUGAUGUGCUUAAUUGGGGUGGUUGGAAAUGUUUACACCCUGGUCAUUAUGAACAUUUCGGUACGGGUCGGUUGUUCAAUGUACGUUUAUAUUAUAAACUUAGCAUUUGCUGAUUUACUGUACUUGGCCACAAUCCCCUUCGUGGUCUGUACCUAUUUUAUGAAGGACUGGUAUUUUGGAGAUAUCGGGUGUCGGAUUCUUUUCAGCCUCGAUUUCCUUACCAUGCACGGUAGUAUCUUUAUUCUGACCGUAAUGAGUACUGAGCGGUACCUGGCGGUUGUUAAACCUCUGGAUACUUUUGGGAGAUCCAGGCACUACAGGCGGACAGUAACCUGUGCAGUUUGGCUUGUGUCGUUUUUGCUCGCUCUCCCGAAUAUGAUCAUGAUUGAUCUUAAACGGACUGUUCAGAAUGGACAGGUGAAACGCAUGUGCCACCCGACCUGGCAAAUGAAAACCUACAAGGUGUAUCUGACUGUAUUAUUCAAUACCUGCAUCUUGGCUCCUGGCAUUGUUAUUGGGUAUUUAUAUGUUAGAUUAGCCAGGACUUAUUGGAUGUCCCAGACCACGGAAUGUACAACAAAAGAAACCAAUCGCUGCCCCAAGCAGAAAGUGCUUUACAUGAUCCUCGGCAUCGUUGUUGCCUAUUGGGCUUGCUUCUUACCUUUUUGGUUAUGGCAACUACUUAGCAUCUAUUACUUUGGACAUGGCCAUUUAUCUCAUAAGACAAUGGUGUACGUUAAUUUCAUAGUCACUUGUCUAGCAUAUAGCAACAGUUGCAUCAAUCCAUUUCUUUAUACAUUAUUGACGAAGAAUUACAAGGAAUAUUUGAAAGGACGACAAAAGAGUUUUGUGGGGUUUAAAAGGAAAUUUAGACCAGCGUCGCAAAGAUCUGUGUCAUCAGGAAGUCACCAGUUCACAGAGACAUUGGCCAUCGCGCACCUUAAGGGAGUUACGGACGCUUGUAAUGUAUAA